UGCCUAUAUUAUAUCAUUGUUCUGUAUAUCAAAGAGGUUAUAAAAUUAUUUGCUUUUUAUUAUAUUACUUAUUAUUUAUUGUGUAAUAAGAAGUGACGAUGGCAGGAUCAGGUAAACAAGUAUUACGAUAUUUUCUUGGAAAGUGUUUGCCAUCUAUAAAGCAAAAUGCUGUAAAAGUACGUGUACCGCGUUUUGAACUGGAUAAGCGUAUUUAUAUGUACUUCAAAGAGCAUGACUUCAUCUAUGCCCAUGAUCCAGACAAGAAAUGUAACGUAGGAGAUAUCGUUUUGAUACAGUUGUUGCCUGAAAAAUUAACGCGUCUCAUUACCCACAAAGUUGUAGAUGUUAUUUAUCCAUUGGGUGAUAUUACAGAUCCUAUAACUGGUAAAAAGGUUGUUGUCGGCAAGUACAGGAAUGAUAUAAAGGAGGCCAAUCAAUUAUUUGGUGAAUCCAAAAAUGCUUUUGAUUAUGAUAGAGCACCUCCAAGAGGAGUCACGAAAGAUAAACGAGAUUUUACGUAUCAAGAAACAUACGUCAAAUACCACGAAGAUCCAAAUAUUGAAGAACCAUACGGAGUAUAAUGUAUUUAUGUAUUUUAAACUAUAAAUAAAUUCUAAUAAUAA